AUGUUUCGGCCACAGCUGAGGCAGAUCUCGCUGCACUGCGAACGGGCGAAAUUCGGUAUUUCUACCCCGGCUCGCCAGUUCUCCUGUACCCGUACAGUGGCCGACGAAGGUCAAGACAAGCCAUCCGACAAGCCUAAACCCAAUACCCGCCCUUCAUCGGGCAACUUUAUGUCCUACAAGCCUCGCGAUCCCAAUGCCCCCCCACCUCGCCACCCCAAUGGACCCCCAGCUCGCGAUCCCAACGCCCCCCAGCUCGCACCAACCACACGAGCUAGCGGUGGAGAGCAAUCUAAGAUUAUCCGCAGCCCGAGAACACGCAACGUUCGUGGCGGCGAUCAACCCCAAAAUCGCAAACCCAAACCCUUCGGCAAAGGCGCCAAAGGUGUCAAGGGUGCCAAGGGUAACCGAAAAGGCCCGCGCAGGGGCCCCAAAACUUCCGAGAAAGACGAUGGCGAAGAUGCUGAAGGUGCGGCUAUCGAUCAAGUUCUGGAAGAGCAAAUCAUCAAAUCCCGACCAACCCCGAUUCGCUACGAGCCCCAGGAGAUCAACUACUCCACUUUGAAACAGACCUGGCCUUCAAUCCCCACAGACGUGAACUCGCGCUCGGCUGCCAUCUAUGAGAAGCUAUCCAGCCUGAGCGGCCGCGUUGCCAAUGGCUAUAUCCCCCCUUAUGAGCUUGGAAGACGCAUGUGGAAGGGCCAGAACGUUCUCUUCACCAGUGAGAAUGAGAAGACGGAGGCUUUGGAAGAGGUCAAGCGAUUGGCUCAGCUUCGUGCUGAUCGAAUUUCACAGCGCAAGGGUGACCUCGUGGAGCCUCGGAAUGUCCAGUUUAGUCCCAUCGACGCAGAGACCACCAAGACCCUCAUAGAAACAUACGUUCAGGGUAACUACCCCGCGUCUGAAGUCGGGAAAGAUGGCCAUGCCGUGUUGGGAGAGGUGUCGAAGAACCUCAGGAACAACGGUACCUACCAGACAACCGGAAAGACCGCACAGUUCAUGGCCAAGAUUGAAUCUCUUGUCUCUGCUGGCCGCAACGCCAAGACCAAGAGCGCCUAA